GAGCCGGGCGGCUCCUCCCCCGAGGCGGGGCGCGCACACGCGGUGCGGGCCGCACGUGGCCCGCCCGGGACGUCGGGACUUGGCUUGCAGGCUCCCUCUACGGGCCUCGCCGUGGGGUCUGAGGGGCCGCUUUGAGGCGCGUGACGCGCCUUUUUCUCUCCAGGCGCUUCUCUCACGGCCCGGCCCACGGCCCGAGAGCAUCUGGAUCGGACAAGCCCGAAAUGGAUACGGACUGGCGUGGGGAGCCCGCGGAGCGUAGGGACGUGAGCCAUCCUGAGGGGGGCGCGCGGAAUCUGCCGGCCCGGAAGAGCAGGCGGCCUAGCGUCAGCCGGAAGCGCCGCCCGGAAGGCGGAAGCGGCUGGCUCCGGCCGCGUGGACCGGCGAGUGCAGUGGGAGUCCGGCGGCACAGCUCGGGUAGACACCACCUGCCUGGGGACCCGACACCACCUGGAGCACGUGAGGAAGGAAAAAAAUGUCUCAAAAGCAGAUGAAGGAAGCUUUUGUCAGUAACCUCAAUGGAACCAGCGUGCUGGAAAUCACCCAGGGCUUGUGCUUUCCUGCAUUCUGUAUCCUGUGCAGAGGGUUCCUGAUAAUUCUCUUACAGCACUCAUGUUCUUUUUCACAUACCUGGAAAACUAGAUUCUUCAUUGACUUUGUUAUCCUAAUACUUCCCCUGGUGGCCACCUUGACCAUUUUGGCUUCAUUUAUUCCCCUUGAGCUUCUCACUGUGAUUGUCUUUGGGGCAGGGCUGUUGUAUCAAAUAUACCAAAGGAGGACUUGCUAUGCCAGAGUGCCUGUCCAGAAAAUCCUUGAAAAAUUCCUCACAAUCAGUGUAGAAUCAGAAUACAUUCCAGCCAUCUCCUGUUUCCGUGUAAUUACCAAUGUGUUUACUGCUGUUGCUAUUUUGGCUGUGGACUUCCCAGUUUUUCCCAGAAGAUUUGCCAAAACUGAGCUCUAUGGGACAGGAGCAAUGGAUUUUGGAGUAGGUGGCUUUGUUUUUGGGACUGCAAUGGUUUGUUUAGAGAUCAGGAGGAAAGACUAUAUCAAAGGGUCCAGAUUUUAUUAUUUUACAAAGUCAUUGUACACUGUUUGGCCGUUAAUUUUCCUAGGAAUCGGACGAUUAGUCAUUAUAAAAUCCAUAGGCUAUCAGGAACAUAUAACCGAGUAUGGAGUUCAUUGGAACUUUUUCUUUACCAUGAUAGUUGUGAGAAUGAUAACAUUACUGCUGUUGAUUAUUUUUCCUCUAAAUAAGUCCUGGAUUGUGGCCCUCAGCAUUAGUAUAUUAUACCAGCUAGCCCUUGACUUUACCCCACUGAAGAGGUUGAUUUUGUAUGGCACUGAUGGCAGUGGCACAAGGGUUGGUCUAUUAAAUGCCAAUAGAGAAGGAGUAAUCUCUUCCUUGGGAUAUGUGGCAAUAUACAUGGCUGGUGUGCAAACAGGGUUAUAUGUGCAUAAGAACAGAUCACAUAUCAAAGACUUGAUAAAAGUAGCAUGUUUUCUUCUACUGGCAGCUAUUAGCCUCUUCAUAUCUCUUUACAUAGUUCAAGUAAAUGUAGAAGCAGUAUCUCGAAGAAUGGCCAAUUUAGCCUUUUGUAUUUGGAUAGUUGCUUCUAGCCUGAUCCUUCUUGGUAGUUUAUUACUGGGCGAUAUAAUUUUGAGUUUUGCCAAAUUUCUAAUUAAAGGAGCUCUAGUACCAUGUUCUUGGAAACUUAUCCACUCACCUGUUACAAAUAAAAAAUAUUCAGAAUCUCUAGUCUCUGAAACUGAAAGAAAGGUUUCAGAAAGAAAGGAACCCAGUCUUUGUUUAAUCAUAGCUCUAAAUAGAAAACAGUUAAUUUUUUUCUUGCUGUCAAAUAUAACAACUGGUCUGAUCAACCUGAUGGUAGAUACAUUACACACCAGUACCUUAUGGGCCUUAUUUGUGCUCAGUCUCUAUAUGUUUACCAACUGUUUAAUUAUAUACAUACUGUAUUUGCAAGAUAAGACUAUAAAAUUGUCAUGAUCAACAGGGGUAGGAUGUAUCUGUAUUUGAGCAAUAACAUUUUAAUUGGAAAGAAUAAAUAUUAAAUGUAAAGAAGAUGUGCUUUGGCAGCCCAGUGUUAACCAUAUUCUAUUAUAAAAUUAGACUUUCAAUCCUCCAUAAUAGUAGUGAUGCUUAAUAUUUUAAUUGUAUCUCAACAGUAAAUAAACCAAUAGAGAAGAAACAAAGCCUUGUGACUUUUUAGAAAUUAUUAAAUAUUAGUAUUUUAAAGAAACUACAGUUAUGACACAGGAAUAUUGGAGGGUGAGUAGGAGGAUUUUUACUUUCCAUUUGAAUAUGACCUUAUGCCAUUCUUAUUUUUAAUGUAUAUUUUAUUAUAAUGUUUACAUUAAAUGAAAUGUUAAGACA